GCUGCGCCGCUGAAAGAAGAAGGCGAGAAGUUUGGACGCGUCGCGCUGAAGUUCAGCUCCGUUUCCCGAACACGACCCGAAGGACUAGUGUUGGAUCUCCUCUGGUGUUCCGUUUAUAAGCUACUGUGCGCGAAGAUGCUGAAAGUGUACCUCACCUUGCUUUUCCUGGCUGCUGCUGUCUUCGCCGAGUCGGUACGAGAGACAGAAACAUGGGUGCGCGACAAGGCGAUGGACGCUGACCUGGAGUCAUCAGGCGAUUUUGGUUUCUCAGAUGAGGAGGGCCCAACGAGCAACAUUUAUGAUGAUGAUGACUACGAGCUUUCAGGCUCUGGUGAUGAAGAUAAAGUUGAUGAAUAUGACUACAACUACGGCCACAACACCGACAUCGACGAUGAUGAAACAUAUGAUCCUGAAUUAAACAAAAUCCUUGACGCAGUUCCUCCGCGGAUACCGACGCAGACGGACGACGAGCUGGACUUGGUGCGGCAAAACGAGAUCGCCCGCUCGUCCAGCGUCCAGCAGAACAAAGCGGAACAGAACAUUUUUAACAAGACGGAAGUUCUUGCAGCGGUCAUUGCCGGCGGUGCCGUUGGCCUGCUCUUCGCCGUCCUCCUCAUCCUUCUCCUGGUCUACCACAUGAAGAAGAAAGACGAAGGCAGUUACGACUUGGGCAAAAAGCCCAUCUACAAGAAAGCACCCACCACCGAGAUCUAUGCAUGAACGCACGAAGCCACGCCGUCUCAAGCAAAUAAGAAAUUCUGAACUCUAAACUCACAUAGUGCCUCCCAUGCACGGCCAACCUCACUCUCUCUUCCUCCUGAGAAACCGUAACGUCACAGCUUCUGAAUGAAAACGUGAUCGCUCUGGACAUUUCAGCAGAACCUCACUAGGUCAACGCCGCCGGGAGGGGAGGUUCUCUGUUGCCAAACUGCACUGUACAAGUCUUGACGUUAUCCUUUUCGGCGUUUUCCUUUUUUAAUGCCCAAAGUGAAAUGCCGCUUGUUCCCUUGCCUUUAAGCUUUCCCUGGUUUGUAAACACUACAAGGUGCAAAGAGGACUUUUACAGGUACAUGACAUGGAUAAGAAAUCAGGAUAAAACUUUAAGCGGACUUUUAUUUUGACACAUCUGUGCCGUUGAGGGGAAUGUUACUGUAGCCUUUUGCUUGUUAAGAUGUUUCGUUUUUGUUUUGCUGAUUAUUGGCAGAGGUACAGAUUGCGAACAUGCUGUUCUGACCUUUGGGCAUUCGCAUUAAGCUGAAUAUACACGUUUAAAAGCCUCAACAGUUCUACCUUUUUUAAUGAGCUUGCAGAUGUUAUAUAUACAAUAAACCAGGAGUUCUUACAUUCCAUAUAUUCACCUCAUAGUAAUUAUGAAUGGGUUUUGAGACGAACGUCCUGGCGAAACUCUUCAUGGUUUUCUGUUUUGACUGACAGCCAAGCCCAGGCAUCGUUACUCAGAGCUGUUCUCCUCUUAGCUCGUUUAACAGGUACGUCUUUUGCCGCCGACCGAAAGGCCUCCGCAAACAGACUUCUGAUUUCCAGGGAUGUGUAAAUAGCCGUUUGAAUAAAAUGUGCUUUUGGCAGACUUUUAUUUACCAAAUAUUUAAAUGCCAAAACUUUUCUUUCUUAUCACUUUUCCCUGGUAUUUUGUUUAUAAAUGAAACAUGGAAUGAUCUUUUAUUAUUAAUAAUAUUAUUAUAAAUAUUGUUUCUUUGCCUUCGAGAAACAGUAAAAAUGACCAAUGCUAAUACUAACAGCUUUUCUGUUCACUUUGUUUCCCGUCUCCUCUUCAGUGUUUCAUAGAUGACUUUUUUUUUUUUUUUUUCAUUUUUAUUUUGUUUUUGUAUUAAUUUAACUGUCAAAUAGCUUAUUUUAUUGCCUUCCUUCAGGUUGGGGGUUCCUCCCCUCUAAGCUGUACAUGUGAUUUAGAAAAAAAGAAAAAUCUAUACACUAGUGAAAGAUUUUCAGAAGUUUUGAAGCGAUUUUUUUUGUGUUUUUGUAAAAGUUUCUAUUCCUUUUAGAUCUUUUUAAGCAAUAUAUAUUAUAUAUUUAUAUUUUGUAGAAGGAUGCUCCGAAUAGUGCCAGGGUGAGUGAAUGAACCAUGUCAUUUGCAUGGAGAAAAGUAAGAAAAUCUGCUGCUUUUUUUUUUUUUUUUUUUUUUUUUUUUUUUUUUUUUCCCUGCAUCACAUGAUGUGAUGUCACCAAUCUAGUCGAGGAAUCAAUGAAUCAUUGAUUUCUGCUUGCAGGUUCUAAUCUGAUUGGAAAUAAAGCGAUUUUAUGCACAUUA